AAACGCGACGCGGAAGUGACGCAAACUCGUCGCGCCGCGGCGUCCCGGCAUGAGCGCGGCCGAGCGGGGCCCGGGGUCUGGGGGCUGCGGCGGCCCCGGCCCCGGGGCGGAGCCGGGUGGUGGUGGUGGUGGCGGCAGCGGCGGGAGGAAAGCGCGGGGAAGGCCGCGGCUCACGGAGUCGGACCGGGCGAGGCGGCGGCUGGAGUCGCGGAAGAAGUACGACGUGCGGCGGGUGUACCUGGGCGAGGCGCACGGGCCCUGGGUCGAGCUGCGCCGCCGCAGCGGCUGGAGCGACGCCAAGCUGGCGGCCUAUCUGCUGGGGCUGGAGCGGGGGCAGCGCGCUGGGCGGCGCGGGGACCCCUGGGAGCAGAUCCCGAAAAAGCCUAAGCGGAAAAAAAGGCGUCGUCGCAAUGUGAACUGCCUGCGGCACGCGGUGAUUUGGUACGAGGACCACCGGCAGCGCUGCCCGUACGAGCCGCGGCUGGCAGAGCUCGAUCCCUCGGUGGGGCUCUACACCACGGCCGUGUGGCAGUGCGAGCGCGGGCACCGCUACUUCCAGGACCUGCACUCGCCCCUGCGGCCGCUCAGUGACAGCGGCGACGAUGACAGUGACAGCGCAGCGGCUCCCGGCAGCUCCUCCUCUUCCUCAGGGGGCUGCAGCUCGGGCUCGGAGGCGGCGCUGGGGAAGGGCCCGUCGGUGCCUGGGGGGACAGCGGAAGGCCCCGCUGCGGGUGCGGACCCCCCCGUGAGCGAAGAACCAGGGGCGACGCUGGAGGCCGUGGUGUGCGUCCCGCUGCCGCUGCGCCUGGGCACGGGGCGGGGGCCGCUGGUUGAGGCAGAGACCCCCACCCUGCUGCAGGGCUCCCCCCUCCUCAUCCUGGCCAGCCCUGGCUACGACGCGCUGGGGGGGCUUCAGCUGGGCGUGGGGGGAGACGAGGUGCCCUGUGCUCUGCUGGAGGGGGGGGGUGCCUUCCCCCCACCCCCUCUGGACCCCCAACCCCCUAAGACAGAGGAGGAGGAGGAGGUGUUGGGGCUGAAGCAGGAGGAGGCACUGCCCCUGGCUGCUGCUGAGCCCGCCCUGGAGCCCCCCCCGGAGCCCCCCCCGGCCGAGGACUCAGACAGCGGCGAUCUCUCAGCCAUCAUCUACGAGAUCCCCAAAGAGCCUGAGAGGCGCCGGCGCAGCAGGAGGAUCCGCGCUCCCAGCCCCGAUACCGAGGGGCUCCCAGAGCCGAUCGCCUGCCCCUACGCGGGGUGCGGGCAGGUCUGUGUGGCACUCAGCAGCUUCCAGAACCACGUCACCCUCGCGCACCGCAAGGGCCGCACGCAGCAGUGUCCCCAACCCGGGUGUGGGAAGAGCUUCUCUCUGGCCGCUCAUCUGCGCCGGCACAUGGUCAUCCACUCCGGCGUCCGGGAUUUCAGCUGUGAGGUCUGUGGGAAGGCCUUCAAGCGGAAAAAUCACCUGGAAGUUCACAGGCGGACGCACACGGGAGAGACCCCUCUGCAGUGCCAGCUCUGUGGGUUCCGGUGCCGCCAGAGAGCCUCCCUGACGUGGCACAUGCGCCGCCAUGGGGGGGGCCCCCGCCUGCGCCACGGGGGGGGGUCCCCGCCCCCGCGCCUUCCCCUGCCCCCGCUUCCAUACCCUUAAGAACCCCCCCGACCCCCGCCACACUUAGGGGUCCCCCCCCCUCAAACUACCCUACGGGGCACCCGGAGCCCCAUGCACUUCUGGGGUCCCCUUGUCAACCCCCCCACA